CAAACACUGCCCGGAGUGAGAGCAAACUACCAGCGCAGUGGGGCCGGCGAGAGUGUGCGUGCGUGUGUGUGCGAGAGAGCGCGCGCGGUGGGCGGGGGACCAACUGCUUCACGCUUUCAACACUGCGCUGAAGAGGGAGAGAGAGACUGGAGACGCACAGAUCCCCUCAAGAUCUCCCAAAGAUACCGUCCCACAGAUUAUAGAACAGAACCCCAAAAAUCGAAACAGAGGAAACGGACAGCGGUUGAACAUGGACGAAGGAAUUCCUCAUUUGCAAGAGAGACACUUACUGGAACAUAGAGAUUUUAUAGGACUGGACUAUUCCUCUUUGUAUAUGUGUAAGCCCAAAAGAAGCAUGAAGCGAGACGACAGCAAGGAUACCUACAAAUUACCGCACAGAUUGAUAGAAAAGAAAAGGAGAGACCGAAUUAAUGAAUGCAUUGCUCAGCUGAAAGAUUUACUGCCUGAACAUCUGAAAUUGACAACUCUGGGGCAUCUGGAGAAAGCAGUAGUCUUGGAAUUAACUUUGAAACACUUAAAAGCUUUAACAGCCUUAACAGAGCACCAGCAUCAGAAGAUAAUUGCUUUACAGAAUGGGGAGCGAUCUCUGAAGUCACCCAUUCAGUCAGACUUGGAUGCCUUCCACUCGGGAUUUCAAACAUGCGCCAAAGAAGUCUUGCAAUACCUCUCCCGGUUUGAGAGCUGGACGCCCAGGGAGCCGCGGUGUGUCCAGCUGAUCAACCACUUGCACGCCGUGGCCGCCCAGUUCUUGCCCACCCCCCAGCUGUUGACUCAACAGGUCCCUCUGAGCAAAGGCACCGGCGCGUCCUGCGCCGCCGCCCCCGCCGGGUCCGCGGCCGCCUCCUGCCUGGAGCGCGCUGGGCAGAAGCUGGAGCCCCUCGCCCACUGCGUGCCGGUCAUCCAGCGGACUCAGCCCAACGCCGAGCUCGCCGCCGAGAAUGACACGGACACCGACAGCGGCUACGGCGGCGAGGCCGAAGCCCGGCCGGACCGGGAGAAGGGCAAAGGCGCGGGGGCGAGCCGCGUCACCAUCAAGCAGGAGCCCCCAGGGGAGGACUCGCCGGCGCCCAAGAGAAUGAGGCUGGAUUCCUGCGGCGGCGGCGGCCCGGUGGGCGGCGCGGUGGCGGCGGCGGCGGCGGCCGCGCUCCUGGGCCCCGACCCGGCCGCGGCGGCCGCGCUGCUCAGACCCGACGCCGCCCUGCUCAGCUCGCUGGUGGCGUUCGGUGGAGGCGGGGGCGCGCCCUUCGCGCAGCCCGCGGCCCCCUUCUGCCUGCCCUUCUACUUCCUCUCGCCGUCGGCCGCCGCCGCCUACGUGCAGCCCUUCCUGGACAAGAGCGGCCUGGAGAGGUACCUGUACCCGGCGGCGGCCGCCGCCCCGUUCCCGCUGCUCUACCCCGGCAUCCCCGCCGCGGCCGCCGCCGCCGCCUUCCCCUGCCUGUCCUCGGUGCUGUCGCCCCCUCCCGAGAAGGCGGGCGCCGCCGCCGCGCCCCUGCUGCCGCCCGAGGGGGCGCCCCCUGGGGCGCUGCAGCCCCCGCGCCCGCACGGCCGCGCCCACCUGCCCUGCGGCGGCCCCCGCGAGCGCGGGAACCCGGAGGGCUCGGCUCAGGAUGAUCCCUCGCAGCCAGGAAAGGAAAGCCCCUGAACCCUUGCGCCUCUUUCUCAGCAAGGAUGAGGGUUCACGCGGAAUAAUGAUGUUACAACACCCUUAACGUUUUUAAGGGAGGAGGCGUAAUAGAUGCACGAUAGGCUUUAAACAACACCGGUGUUUUGUGUACAUUUGGAGUUGCUGUUUUGCUGAUCCCUCACCACCCCGCCCUACGCACACUAACAUCCCUUUCCUCUCCCAACAGCUGUAAAAGAACCUCUGCGAUAGAUAAUUUUUUCCUUAAGAAUUCCCCAAUAUGCGAUUUGCCUUUUUUUUAGGCCACGACCCAUUAUCUUUUAAACUGUAGAACUGAAUUCUCGAGGAAGCAAGAAGGGGCUGCUCUGGGGCUGAGCUGCUGGAACCUGGGCCGGGAAAGGGUGGCCGGGGUGAUGACACCGAACAGCAGGUCGUUGUCAUCGGCCUGUGUCUCAGCGCUGCCCUGCCUGCUUCAGGAGGCUUUCCACAGACAGAAUGAGGAUCUUUCAAAACUGAAUUUGCCCUUCAGUAUUUUAUAAUGUUCAGCUUUUUGAAAGGCAUAUAUUUUUCAGAGGAAGAAGUGAGGGUGCAGUUGCUCACAUUGCAACCUUGUCUGAAGUGGUUUGAAUGGUAUCCAUCCCUUAGUGAUUUGCACUUGUUUAAAGAGACACGGAUUGGGCCAUUGUCAGAACUAAGUCAGGGAAGGAGAUAGAUGAAGAAGGCCAGCAUCAUUCUCAGUACCUUUGCUAGCACUUUAUUGAGAGACUGACCAUGAGUCGAUUGACUUAACUUCGUAUAUAUGUAUGUACAUAUACAUACACCGAGUGCAUCUCUUCCCACCUUGUCUUUAAUCCUUCACAUUAAGUUUCUAUAACCUUGCUGUAAAGAAAAAAAAAAUGUGCACUGAACUUAAAAAAAGAAAACAGCCCAAACUGAUUUAUGCUAUAUUCUGUUAAAUCCCAAAAGUGGAGGAAAGCGUCUGACUGGUCAGUUUUGAUUGGAAAAGCUGUAAAGAUGUGGAAUGAAGCCCUGUGAGGCCUUCCUAUCUCCAAGUCUAUGUAUGUUCUGGAGACCAAACCAGAUACCAGAUAAUCACAAAGAAAGCUUUUUUAAUAAGGCUUAAACCAAGACCUUGUCUAGAUAUUUUUAGUUUGUUGCCAAGGCAGCACUGUGAGAAGUCUCACUGAAUGUCAUGUAUGGGGUGAGACAACAACAGUCCGACUGCGGGGCUUCUAGUCGGUUUGGCGCAUUUGCUGCUGCUGUUCUACUGUUUGCCUCAAACGCUGUGUUUCAACAACGUUAAACUCUUAGCCUACAAGGUGGCUCUUAUGUACAUAGUUGUUAAUACAUCCGAUUAAUGAUGUCUGACAUGCUAUUUUUGUAGGGAGAAAAUAUGUGCUAAUGAUAUUUUGAGUUAAAAUAUCUUUUGGGGAGGAUCUGCCGAAAAGUCGCACUUUUGUUACAAUGCUUAACGCUUGGUACGAGCUUAUGCUGUCUUAAAUUAUUUAAAAAACAAAUAAAUACUGUCUGCAAAAAACCAGCUGGUUUAGAAAAGUUUAGUAUGUGAAGAUAAACUAGAAAUUAUCUUUAUAUUCUAGUAUUUUCAGCACUCCAUAAAUUCUAUUAUCUAAAUAUUGCCACAUUAUUUUGUGAUCUCAAAAUUCUUACUAAGGAAUAAAAAUUUUAAUAUAUGA